GUCUUCAUCCUCCAGGCCCUCCUUUAGCAAGACCUAUUCUUCCUCGAGAAAGAGGGGUUGUGGAUAGAGUUAUUGAACAUUUGGUUGGUGAUGGUCCUCAAAACAGGUAUGCCCUUAUAUGCCAGCAAUGUUUUUCUCACAAUGGUAUGGCUUUGAAGGAGGAGUUUGAAUACAUAGCAUUUAGGUGUGCCUACUGCUUUUUCCUGAAUCCUGCAAGGAAAACUAAACCUCAGGCUCCACGACUUCCAGACUUCAGUUUUGAAAAAAAGCAAUCUACAGAAUUGCGAUCUGAAACUGAGCCUCUAGAACCUGGAGAGAAAAAGCCCCAGGAGACUCAACAGACAGAAGAAUCUGAGAAAGACACGGCCCAGAUCGUUGGGACAAAUGAGACAGAUGGUAAAGCACCAAGUCCUGAGAAGCUAAAUGAUAAGCUAGCUGAAGAAGUUGAAAAAGAAGAAGCAGAAAACGUUUCAACAAGUGAAGACGCUAUUUCAGAGUCUAUUUCAGUUGAACAAAGUGAAGAAUCUUUAAUGAAAGCAGAUUAAAGUACUUCAAGUGCCUUCUGUAGCUAGUUUUUAGCUUUGUUCAUGCCUGUUGUUACUAUUCAGGUGAGCUUUUUUUAAUGGUACAACUUAAAAAUCUCACUUGAGCUUAAAAUGCCUCAACUGCCACAUUAUGUCAAAGCUAUGUGUAAAAAUGGGUGUUGUAAAUUAAGCAUGUGUCUUUAAGUUAACACAGAAUGUAUAGGUUAACAGAAUGUAUAGGUGGUUCAAGUCUAACAGUUGUAGCUGUCGUUCAGUUUGCAUAUUUAGAAACUUAAAAAUAUAAGCUUUGCUAAGGGUGACCUAUAAUUUUACAUCUCUUUAGCUGUCACACAUAAAGAAAAAUUACUGGCAGCAACUGACCUAGCAAGUUUGGUCUAGUGAACUUAAGGUACUUUUUAAUGCUUCCCUGUUAAAUGAAUUGAGUACACUUUGAAUACACAGAUGUUUACAAGCUAAAGUAUCAUCCGACGUUUGACUUAGGCUUAUGGAAGUGUCAUUACAGUGGUGUUAAUGUUAUUCAUUGUCUAACUUUUUGAGAGAAUUCAGUUAAAUGGCACUCAGAUAAAUGGCAUCUGCUUUGGUAUUUGCAUUGCAGAUGAACCAGAGGCACAUACAUACAAAACUGUUUUGUGUUUACAUAAAAUAUAGAAAGUCUCUGCACUCGAUUGUACUUGAAUACAAAGCACUAUUUAUA